AGAGUAGAGCUGCGCUUGCGCAAAUCAUUGGCGCCAAGAUGGCGAUGGAAAUGAGGCUUCCUAAGGCUCGCAAACCUCUCAGUGAGACCCUGGGCCGCGACUCUAAGAAACACUUGGUGGUACCGGGGGACACGAUCACCACUGACACAGGAUUCAUGCGGGGCCAUGGGACAUACAUGGGGGAAGAGAAGCUCAUUGCGUCUGUGGCUGGCUCCGUGGAGAGGGUGAACAAACUGAUCUGUGUGAAAGCCUUGAAAACCAGGUACAAUGGAGAAGUAGGAGACAUUGUAGUGGGGAGAAUCACAGAGGUUCAACAGAAGAGGUGGAAAGUGGAGACCAAUUCCAGGCUGGAUUCUGUCUUGCUCCUCUCAUCCAUGAACCUGCCCGGAGGGGAGCUGAGGAGAAGAUCUGCUGAGGACGAGCUGGCCAUGAGAGGCUUCUUACAGGAAGGAGACCUCAUCAGUGCGGAGGUCCAGGCAGUGUUCUCAGAUGGAGCUGUUUCUCUGCACACAAGGAGCCUGAAAUACGGAAAGCUAGGUCAGGGAGUUUUAGUCCAGGUGUCUCCUUCCCUGGUGAAACGACAGAAGACUCAUUUCCACGACUUGCCGUGUGGUGCUUCGGUUAUUCUGGGUAACAAUGGUUUCAUCUGGAUCUACCCUACACCCGAGCACAAAGAUGAGGAUGCUGGAGGCUUCAUUGCAAACCUGGAGCCAGUAUCCCUUAGUGAUCGAGAGGUGAUCUCCCGGCUUCGGAACUGCAUAGUUUUGCUGGUAACUCAGCGGAUGAUGCUGUAUGACACUAGCAUCCUGUACUGCUAUGAGGCUUCCCUUGCACAUCAGAUUAAAGAUAUCUUAAAGCCAGAAGUAAUGGAGGAGAUCAUGCUAGAAACACGCCAGAGGCUUUUGGAACAGGAGGGGUGAGGCCAGGUGCCGAAGGAUGGGACUGUGUGACUCUCUGGAGCAGCCUCUCUGGGAGGCUGAAGAGUCUGCUGUGUGGUCAGUCUUCACCACAUGUGGCCCAGGGAGGAUCUGACAAACACAUUCCUCACCUUCAGCGGUGCAGCAGGGCCAGGCCUGUUCUUUCCUGUUCUGAGACAAAGCCAGGGUGGAAGUGAAUGAUGGCUUCGGACACUCGGGUCCCUCUCAGAGCAUUGUGUCCCAGCAUGAUUAUGUAUCUUGGAGUAAUUUGGAGAAUCCAUGUUUUACGGUCAUGCCACAUAACACCCCAUGAAACUGUUCCAGUAGAAAACAUGCUGGGCUGGGGAUAUAGCUCGGGUGGAGCACUUUCCUAACAUGUGAAAGGCCCCAGGUUCAAUUUCCAGCCCUACCCCCACCCCAGAGAAAAGAAAACCAAAGAAAAAGAAAAACCAUGCAGUGCCAGCCGAAUGGUCUGUUUUGACUUUCAUUCCAUCUUCUUUAAUGCAGAAGUGUGUAGUUGGAGAAGAGGUGGUAGAGUUAGGCCAGCGGUCAGAUGGAUAGAAGAAUAAAAUGAACCAGUCUUUGUUGGAAUCUGUUCCUACUGUGUGUCCUGGUAACAGGGUAAGGGAUCUCUACCCUCUACCUGGGCUUCCUUCCCCCUGUGUGUGAGCUGCUCCUGUUUCUCUAGCAUCUCGGGUCCUUCUACAUGUCCACCAGCAGGAACUGGCCUGGAGGCUUUAAGAAGUGCCUGAGAUGUUCCCUGAGAUAGUGGCAGGAUUCUCUGUAGUGCCUGGCCUGCCUGAAGGUGGUUUGUAAGAGCCGAGCCAUUGCCAAUAACUGAGAGAAUGAGUGUUCUGGGCCCACAGUGCUUUUUGAUGCUCUGACAAAAAAACAAAAUGGAGCUGUGAAAAGCCAAGCCGUUGCCUUAUGUAAUUGAUGUGGUGAUGUAUUAACUUCUGAAUAAUGGAAAGUUAGAAGAAACAAGAUACAAGUCCUCAGUGUA